AUGUCCCUAUACAGCAUGUAUUUUUACUUAGGUAUUUACUACUCCAGCUCCACCUUACCCGCCCAGCGUGUCAGUUCCCCUCUGUCUGGAGGAGGAGGAGGCUCGGGAUCCGGUUCUCCCAGUAAACUCCAGCGCCUGGGGUCAGCCUCCGACGCACCGGGGUACUCUACCACUCAACGCCUGCCUUCCUCCUCUUCCUCUCCCAGCAAACAGUCUCCUGCUAAUCGACUGGCCAAGUCAUACAGCACCACAGUUGCUGUGACAACAGCAGGAGGGGGCGGGUCUCCCCUGAGGGUCGCAUCUCCACCUAACUCUACAGCAGCAGGGGGAGGGGCCAGCUCAUCAUCGUCCCCUCUUCACCAGAUGAGUUCAGGCAUAGGGAGCUAUGCCACUCUGUCUCCCAAACGUCUGGCAGCUCACCACGCUUCUGACCAGUACAAGAUCUCCCACGAGCUCUACGCUACUGCUACACUGCAGAGGCCUGGCAGUCUGGCAGGCUCUCGUGGAUCCUACAGUAGUCAGCACAGUCAGGAGCCCCUUCGGCCCUUGGGGUCCCCAGAGCACCACAUAGAUCCCAUCUAUGAAGAACGUGUCUACCACAACAAGGGCCCCAUGAGGAGCCUUAGCCAGAGCCAAGGGCCGGAUACAGGCCCCUUUCGCAACAACACCGCUCCCUCCUCCCCUGGUGUCGACUCCGCCCCUUUGCAGCGCACAGGAAGUCACGGCACGGGGACAGGAAAUUACAGCCGUGGCGGGACCAACAACUAUGCCACAGUGGGACCAGGCUACACCUCAAGCGGAGGUGGUGGCGGAGACUUGUAUGGCUCAGACCCCUAUGUGGCAGACCCCUACCGCACCCUGCAGUACUGCCCCUCAGUGGUGGAAUCGCCCUACAGCAAGUCUGGACCAGCCCUGCCGCCAGAAGGCAGCCUACAACGUUCACCUUCCAUCGACUCCAUUCAGAAAGACCCCAGAGAGUUUGGGUGGAGAGAUCCGGAGCUGCCAGAGGUGAUCCAGAUGUUACAGCACCAGUUCCCAUCGGUGCAGUCCAAUGCUGCAGCCUACCUACAGCAUCUCUGCUUCGGAGACAACAAGAUCAAAGCCGAGAUCCGCAGACAAGGAGGCAUCCAGCUGCUGGUUGACCUACUGGACCACAGAAUGAGUGAGGUUCACCGUAGCGCCUGCGGAGCCCUGAGGAACCUGGUGUACGGCAAGGCCAACGAUGAGAACAAAGUGGCCCUGAAGAACUGCGGGGGGAUUCCUGCCUUGGUCCGCCUGCUGAGGAAGACGGGAGAUGUGGAAAUCAGAGAGCUGGUCACAGGCGUGCUGUGGAACCUGUCAUCAUGUGAUGCUCUGAAGAUGCCAAUCAUCCAGGACGCUCUGGCCGUUCUGACCAACAGCGUCAUCAUACCCCACUCUACCUGGGACUCCUCCCCCAAUCACCAUGACGACCGCAAGCUCCACCUCCAUACCUCCCAGGUGCUGCGCAAUGCUACUGGCUGUCUCAGGAAUGUAAGCUCCGCAGGUGAGGAGGCGAGGCGAAGGAUGAGGGAGUGUGACGGCCUGACAGAUGCUCUGCUUUACGUCAUCCAGACCUCUCUGGGCAGCAACGAGAUCGACAGCAAGACGGUAGAGAACUGCGUUUGCAUCCUGAGGAACCUGUCGUACCGUUUGGCUGCCGAGACGUCCCACGGCCAGCAGGGGGGGUUGGAGGAGCUGGACGGCCUGCUGUGUGACGCCAACGGCCGUGACGGAGAGAGCUCUGGAUGCUGGGGCAAGAAGAAGAAGAAAAAGAAGGGAGCUGAUCAGUGGGAUGGUGUUGGCCCCUUUCCAGACACGGCAGAGCCCCCCAAAGGGGUUCAGAUGCUGUGGCACCCCACAAUCGUCAAGCCCUACCUCACCCUGCUAUCUGAAUGCUCUAAUCCCGACACCCUGGAGGGAGCAGCUGGGGCUCUGCAGAACCUGGCCGCUGGCAGCUGGAAGUGGUCAGUGUACAUCCGGGCUGCUGUGCGUAAGGAGAAAGGCCUUCCCAUCCUGGUGGAGUUACUGAGGAUAGACAACGACAAGGUGGUGUGUGCCGUGGCCACCGCUCUCAGAAACAUGGCCCUGGACAUCAGGAACAAGGAGCUCAUCGGUAAAUAUGCCAUGAGAGAUUUGAUCCAUCGGUUACCAGGCAGUAGUAGCAGCAGCAACAAUAAUGCCACCAGCAGUGGGACCUGCGGGACCACAGGACCUCCCAGCAAGGCCAUGUCAGAUGACACAGUAACUGCCAUCUGCUGUGCACUGCACGAAGUCAUCACCAAGAACAUGGAAAACGCCAAAGCCCUGCGUGAUGCUGGUGGCAUAGAAAAACUCAUCGGCAUCGCCCGAAGCAAAGGAGACAAACACUCAGCAAAGGUGGUGAAGGCAGCCUCUCAGGUCCUCAGCAGUAUGUGGCAGUACAGAGACCUGCGUUCCCUCUACAAGAAGGACGGUUACUCCCAGUAUCACUUUGUGGGCUCUGCCUCAACGAUAGAGAGAGACAGACAGAGGCCCUACUCCUCCUCACGAACUCCCUCCGUCUCCCCUGUCAGGACGUCCCCAAAUAACCGCUCUGUCCAAGUAUCCUGCGGGACGUCUACGUUGUUCCGAAACUCUUACCUGACUGCCAGCGAUGACAUUAAGCAAAACCAGGCUCCGGUCCAGCCCUGCGUGGUGCCCCCACAGCCCCAGCAGGACAGCCCGUCAGCAGCCGUGCUAAAAGACUACGACCCCUACCCUCCCCCUCCUUCCUUCCCUCAGCCUCAGCCACCGCAGCCUCCACCUCACAGCCAGAGCCGGAGCUUUGAUGAGGUCUACUACGAGGACCAGGGACCUCCACCUCCUCCAUCCCAGCCGCAGCCGCAGAUCCAGGCGCAGGCCCAGCCUCAGGCCCAACCCCAGCAGCCUCCGAGCUCCACUGGACCACCCCGAGACCCACGGGAAGACCUACGCAUGCAUCUGGGCCUCAAAUCCACUGGCAACUACGUAGACUUCUACUCGGCCUCUCGGCCAUACAGCGAACUGAACUACGAGACCAGCCACUACCCGGCCUCGCCUGACUCCUGGGUCUAGUUAGACUAUGAUGAUUGGGGGGGGGGGCAAAAGAGAGUCCGUGUGUGCGUGUGUGAAAGGGAUUAUUUUUGCAAGCGAUCAACAGCAGAUUAACACAAGGUGACAGCAAGGGGCAUGUUGAAACGGGAACUCGUAGCCAGUGGCAGGAAAUUUGUGUUCUCUAAAAUAAGUGGGAAAUCAGAGCUAGGUGGGGUUUACGAAGCGAAGUCAGGUCGAGUGACAAAGAGAGACUGUGCAUGUGCAUGCCGACAUUUCCCUUUUUCUUUUUUUUUCAGACCGCUUUAUUUCUUCAAAGUCAGCUCCAUUGCACCGGUGAGUGGAUAAGGUGGGAGUAGAUAUGAAGAAGUGUGUAUGAAAGGAUCAGAGAGGAGUGGGCAGGGGAAUAUAGAAAGAAGAGAAGGGAGAAAACGACCAGGUAGAGAGAGCAUGCAGAGGCCUAGAGAGGAGGAAGAGAGAUGGGAUCAAGAAAUAAUGGGGAGCGGAUGAAGGUGAGCAUUUACUCUGUAGGAGCAGGAAGUGGCCUGACCUUUUGUCGAAGACAGAGAGAGGAAGAGAAGAGACACAAAGAUGGCAUGAGGGUCCUUGAGGAGGUCAGGAGGAAUAAAAGCACAGAAAAAGAUGAAAGCACAUCAGGCACAAGGCAAGAAGUGGAUGUUUACCAUUUCACCCAAGUGACAAACGUAGCAUUGCUUUUAUCCCCCCCUUUUUUGUUUGCGAUGGCCUUGCCUACAGAGGCAACUGAAUUUGUUUCAAGGAAUGUCAUCUUCAAAAGACUUCGUUUUUUGUCGCCAUUCUUUUACAUCUUUUUUUAUUUGUACUUUUCUAAAUUUUCACUUAUAAAAAAGCAUUUUUAUUUUCUGUGUACAGUUCAAAGGUGAUAUAGUGUGUAUAUUACACAUGUUUUUGAUGGGGCCACUUAUGAAAUUAUGAUUUUUUCCAUGACUACUGACUGAAACAACAAAAGCAACAAAAACAAGUGAAACGUGGACACAAGAAGCAGAAAAGACAGACAUCGUCAGGAUGGAUGUCAGUGGACAACUUUGUUAUGCCCUUUUCCUAGCCAGAGAGGAAACCCUGCAGUAUUUGUGUUUUUCUCUCUCCAUCAAUUGAAUUUCGUUGUGGACAUGCUCAAACGUCAAGAGCAGUUCAAGGCUGCCAGAGCAUCAGAUCGGCAAAGCAGCAUCCAGACUCCAGAGUUCUCCGUCAACAAAAGUGCUUUUUCACUGCCUAAAGAAUAUAUGUGUAUGUUUAAAGCACACUCUCUGUCUCUGGAAAGGGUUGUCUUUUCCUUUUGGGGAGCUGAUAUGUUUGACCAUGUCAACUUUCAGUGGUUUCUCAUCAUCACUUGUGCAUAGAAACUGGUCUGUCCAACAAGAGCCACCGUGAAUAUUGUACAUCUCAGUGUACGGUAGAGGUAAAGACAGAGCGAUAUGAGACAUGACAUUGUGCCAAACUUUGACACCUUGUGGGCCAGUCCUAAAAAGACUUUAAAAGGACAUUCUGUCGAAGUUUACAGACAAUGACUAAAUGACUCCCUCUGCUGUUUGUAAUUUUUAUUUUCUUGUGUUUUAAUCAGGUGAAGCCGUACUUAUUGCUGGGGAUCAUGAAUAACAUCUCCCUCCCAUAGAUGUACAGAUCUGCCUCUCUGUUUUGGAUGAGCUUGUGUGGGAAUUUGCGUGCGUGGGGACACGUGUGUGCGUGUGUGUGUAUGUGUGUGUGUGUGUGUGUUUGUGUGUGUGUG